AUGGAUGAUUCCAAUGGGAGUGUCUCUUCUCCACUGUGCCGUUGGUGGAACCUUCUCAGCUCACACAAACGCUCCCAGCUGGCCAAGCGUAACAGUCCUGUAGUGGGGGUGUUUGUGCACCUCUUCCAUGAGGUGUGGCAGGGUCAGGGGGGUACCAGCUUCACCUCUCCAGGGGAGAUGAGGGCCUUGGUCUCCUCCCUGCACCCCCAGUUCAACAACCAAUCACAGCAGGACGCCCAGGAGCUACUCCUCCUCCUGCUCAACGCCCUGCAUGAUGACCUCAAGAAUAAGGGGGAGAGACGUCAGACACGUUCUUCCCAGCGGUUGUGUCUGGGCAGGAAGUCGCUCAGCUCGGCGCCAGCGGCGGGGGAUUCUACGGUGGUGACACGUCUCUUCGAGGGACAACUCAGCUACCAGAUGCUGUGUCUGCGCUGCGACGGACACUCCCACAGCAACCAAGUCUUCACCAUCCUGUCUCUGCCUAUACCACUGGACUCAUACAAGUGCUCCCUACAGGACUGCCUGUCGCUGUUCUUCCAGCAGAGUACGUUGACGUGUGGAGAUCAGAAGUUGUGUCCAGAGUGUGGAGUGAAGAGAGACACAGCUGUCCUCACCAGCAUGGCCAAACCACCUGAGAUACUGGUGCUGCACCUCAAACGUUUUGGUUGCCAUGGGAGUGAGAAGAGGAAGUUGAGGACCAAUGUGUUGUUCUCAUUGGACAGUUUAGACCUAACCCCCUUCCUGUCCAGACCCUCAGCCAAUCACACCAGCUACUCUCUCUACGCAGUGGUGAACCACACAGGAGACCUGGACAUGGGUCACUACACGGCCCUGUGCCACAGUUCCCUGUCCAGCAGCUGGCACCACUUCGACGAUACGGCCGUGAGUGAGGUAGUGGACUUCUUGGUGCAGUCUCCUAACGCCUACAUCCUGCUGUACAGCCGUCAACCCUUCCACAGGCCCAACAUACCCCGGAUCUGACCCACCACAGACCCACCACACCCCGGAUCUGACCCAACACAGACCCACCACACCCCGGAUCUGACCCAACACAGACCCACCACACCCCGGAUCUGACCCAACACAGACCCACCACACCCCGGAUCUGACCCGCCACAGACCCAACAUACCCCAGAUCUGACCAACACAGACCCAACAUACCCCAGAUCUGACCCACCACAGACCCAACAUACCCCAGAUCUGACCCACCACAGACCCAACAUACCCCAGAUCUGACCCACCACAGACCCAACAUACCCCAGAUCUGACCCACCACAGACCCAACAUACCCCAGAUCUGACCAACACAGACCCAACAUACCCCGGAUCUGACCAACACAGACCCAACA